AUGAGCGCUUGGCCGCCUGCCCUGACCAAGGGCCCGGAGCUUGUGUUUCUGCGUCUGCUGCUACCUUCGCUACUCUUCAGCUCUACCCUAUGGCCGGGAGCACAUGCACGAAAUGCCUCGUGCGGUGGCUUCCUUACGCAGUUCCGUGGCAAUUUCCAGUCGCCAAACUACCCGGACCACUACGACGACUCUGCUGUGUGCCGCUGGUACAUUUUCGCACCGAAGGAGUUCGCCAUCCUCAUCGAGAAGCACAAUAUCGACAUCGAGGACGAUGCCAGCCGAGCAGAUUGCCCCUACGAUUACUUGAGGUAUUCCUUCGGAAACUGGAAGAAAACCUUCUGCGGAAAAGGAGCUGUGGAGCCGAUUCUCCUGGACACAAACUUCGUGACAGUUCUUCUCAAAUCGGAUGCAAGUAUGUCUGGAACAGGUUUCAACAUAUCGUACAGGUUCGUUCUUCCCCCGUGCGUGCGAACGUACAUCACUGGCGAAGGCCACCUCGAGAUCCCCGAGGACAAGAGCAGGAGGAACAUGCUCAUUCGCCGACGGCGCUGGUGCUUUCGCAGUGCUCGGGGAAACAGCUACCAGUUCACUUUCGACUACUUCGAACUCAUCGGCGAGCCUCCAAAGUGCCGCCACAUGUACAUGAAGGUGCUGGAGAAGAACGAGGAGGGUCAGGUGCGCAGCCAUUCGAGGAUGUGCGGGAAGCUCAUCCCGGAGCCCGUGCGCACGCGCAGCAGCUCGGUGUCGCUGCUCUUCCUGAGCGACCGGCCGCUGGACAAGAACGGGCUGCACGUGAGCUGGAAGGUGUUCGGCUGCAACGAGGAGCACCACGCGACCACCGGCAAGCUGCGGUUCCCGCGUGAGGGCAUCUACACCGGCUUCCCGGCCACCUGCCGUUGGACAGUGUACGCAAACAGCGGCCAGACCGUUCAACUCACGGUCACCAAGCUGAACCUGCAGCGCUGUGGUCUCGAAUAUCUGAGGAUUUUUGAAGGUGAGGGCGAGCGUCGGACGCUUCUUGACGACCUGUGCCGCCUAGACGGGCCCGUGGUCAUCACGUCCACCCGCCGCAUCCUGACGCUUCAGUUGCGACAGCACGCUCUGCGCCGAGACACCAUGGAAGCUUCCUACCAGAUGAGAGCCACGCCGUGCGGUGGCCUGUACGAAGCGAGCGAGGGUUCAAUCGUGUCACCAGCCGAUUUGGGCGAAGCGGAAGGCGGCCUUACCUGCCUCUGGACAAUACGCGUCAAGAGCAACUACCUGCCCCGCGUUGAGUUCAGAGAGUUCACAUUCAGCGAGUCUGAAAAUUGCUCCUCGGGGUACAUAGAGGCCUACUUUCUGAACCGGGGCAGCCACAUGCAGCUGAUGCCCCGGCGCUGUUCGGCCGAGCCUCCGCCGCCCGUGGUGGGCAUCGACAACGAGGUGCGUGUGAAGCUGCACGUCGAGCACCGCGACUCCCUCACGCACUUCAGACUCCGCUUUCGAUCAGACGGCCAUUAUGAGCUGAACUGUUUUGGACCUGCAGUGUGCGAGACAAUGGUGAUCGCUAACCGGACCGGUGGUGCAUCGCACUCCUUCGGCUUUCCGAAGCUGUAUGAACAUGAAUCGGAAUGCAGCUGGAAUGUGUACGCGCCAAAGGCUGUCGACAACUUCUAA